AUGAAGACAAGCACCAUUACCACCAGCGACGGCGUCAGCCUGACCUACAACGAGACCGGCCCUGAGGCUGGCAAGCAGUUACUUUUUAUCUCUGGAUGGCGACAGACUGCUUCAGAAUGGAAGAAGCAGGUCGAGUACUUUUCCAAGAAUGGAUUCAGAGUUACCACCUAUGAUAUGCGUGGCCAUGGAGAAUCCGCCAAACCCGAAUAUGGCUAUUGCAUUUCUCGUUUCGCUGCUGACUUGAACGACCUUGUCACACAAUUGCAACUCAAUGACAUUACUAUCGUCGGUCAUUCUAUGGGUUGCUCCGUCACUUGGGCUUUCUGGGACCAGUACCCUGACUCUCACAAGCUCAUCUACAAGCUUAUCUUUGUUGAUCAGCCCGCUAAUGUUGUCAUCGAUCCAACCUGGCCCAAGGAGAAGGCCCAAGAGAUGGGUGCCAUUCUCACUCCUGAUGCAGUUUACCAGACCGCUGCAGACAUGGCAGCUCAAGGCCCGGCCUUGGUUAGGAGCAUGUUCACUGACGAUGUCACCGAGGCUGACUACGACUGGAUUAUGGAGCAGAACGUGAAGAUGAGCGAUGAAAAUGCCGGCACUCUCUUGGUUGACCAUGCAUUUCGAGACUGGCGUGAUGUUCUUCCUCGCAUCAAUGUCCCUACGUUUGUUAUCGCUGGAGAGCUUAGUAUUUUCCCUCACCAGGGAGUGGAGUGGAUUGCAACCCAGAUUCCUUCCGCCCAGGACUAUACCUUCUCAGCUGAGGAAAAAGGCAGUCACUUUAUGUUUUGGCAAAACCCUGAGAAGUUCAACUCGUUGGUUAGAAACUUUAUUGGAACAUAA